AGGCGGCCUGAGGGUGCAUUUUGAACAGGGCCACGCGGGGCAGCCAGCAGAUCUCUCUCAGGAUCAGGCCCCUGGAAGCCCACCACGAGGAAGAAGCCCCUCUCAGGACAUCCCACAGGGGCCCCUGCCUAAUCUGCCUGACCCUCGGCUGGGAAUCGGCAGCUCUCACAGCCCCAGUGCAGUCCUCUCUGGAUAGAACAAGCUGGCUUCUGGGACCCUGUGUCUGAGACGGGAAAGAUGCCAAGAGGGUCCAGCCUUCCCUCUCCAGGAAAUUGAACAACAGACCUUCAAAAAUGCUAAGUGCACAAUGAGACGCACUGUACUCCUAUACUUGUUCUACGGAUCCUUGGCAUCAUUAGCUCUCAGCACAGCACUGCUACUUACAUAUUUCUACCAAAAUCAUGAGGUCAACCAGUUGCAGACAAACCAGGGCCUGGCAGAAAUUUGGUCCCUUGGAAAGAAAUUGCAGCAGGAAACCAUCUAUGGUGCAGAGCGAAUACCAUACCCGCAUAUGCGAGUCGAAAGGUCUAGAGAAAUUGAAGCUGAAGCUGAAGAGCCACAUUUAAAUUUAAGUCACAGUUCUAACUAUGCGGACCCAGAAUUAUAUAAAGGAUUUAUCAAAUAUGGAUUUAAUGUCCUUAUCAGUAAACAACUGGGCAACGAGAGAGACCUACCAGAUACCAGGAAUAAAAUGUGUCACUAUAAGCGUUACCCAACCCACCUGCCCACGGCCAGCGUCAUCAUCUGCUUCCACAACGAAGAGUUUAAUGCCUUGUUCAGGACGGUGUCGAGCGUCAUGACGCACACCCCGCUGCAGCUCCUCGAGGAGAUUAUCUUGAUAGACGACAUGAGCGAAUCUGAUGACUUGAAAGACAAGCUAGACUACCGCUUGGAAAUUUUUCGGGGAAAGAUUAAACUGAUAAGAAACAAGAAGAGAGAAGGGCUGAUCCGCUCCAGGCUGAUCGGCGCAUCUUUUGCUUUAGGGGACGUCCUGGUGUUCCUGGACAGCCACUGUGAGGUGAACAGAGUCUGGCUGCAGCCCCUGCUGUAUGCCAUCGCCAAGGACCCCAAGAUGGUGGUGUGCCCUUUGAUUGACGUCAUUGACUUUACCACCCUGGAGUACAGGCCCUCUCCCGUCGUCAGGGGAGCUUUCAACUGGUACCUCCAAUUCAAGUGGGAUAACGUCUUCGCUUAUGAGAUGGACGGGCCUGAAGGACCUACCGCUCCCAUCCGGUCUCCCGCCAUGGCUGGAGGCAUUUUUGCUGUGUACAGGCAUUACUUUAAGGAGCUCGGACAGUACGACAAAGACAUGAACCUCUGGGGAGGGGAAAACGUGGAGCUUUCACUAAGGAUCUGGAUGUGUGGGGGUCAGCUCUACAUACUGCCCUGCUCGCGAGUGGGCCACAUUGACAAGCACCCCAAGUCGUACUCCCCUGACAUCACACAGGCCAUAAACCGCAACAGCCUCAGGCUGGCGCACGUCUGGUUGGAUGAAUACAAGGAGCAGUUUUUCAGACGGAAACCUCACCUAAAAGAGGCCGACUAUGGAAACAUCAGCGAGCGUGUGGAAUUAAGGAAACGACUGGGUUGCAAAUCAUUUCAGUGGUAUUUGGAUACUGUCUACCCAGAACUGGAGACCUCUAUAAUCACCUGAGAAAAGAAACACUGUUUUCAUAAUAAAAGGCUGGAAAGUUCUCUACUGCUUCACAUAGAGAAGAGCACAAGUUUGGAACAUCGUGAGAUGCAAUAAAAAAAGCAACACCAUGACGACAGUGGUCUGCAGAGUGCCU